AUGUCAGAACCACCGAUAAUAGACGUAAACCUCGCACUGAUCGUGAAAAUACGUAAUAUCUUAACACGGUAUUUAAACAAAAUAGCCGGUUUGGUGAAUGCCCAGCAAAUAUCUGAUCUACAAGCAUCAUUACGAUUCGAACGAGUUAAACCCUUGUUUCGCGAAUAUGAAGAACUCGUCAAUGAAUUGAUCGAGGCUCAAAAGACAUCCGACGAGUCCGAACAUUUCGAUCAAGUAUCAAACGCGUAUUAUGGACUUGAAGAACAUCUCACGCCCGAUGAGGCAGAAGUUCCAGUACACAACAGCACGACUAUAGGGAAUACGACUCAAACUGAAAAACAAACUUUACAAAAACUACCAGUCCCACAACUACCUACCUUCUCGGGUGACUAUAACGAGUGGAUAUCUUUUUCAAAUCUCUUUCGGGGUAUUAUUGACAAACGUGACGAUAUCGCCAAUAUUGUAAAAUUUCAAUAUUUGAAAACGUGCGUGAAGGGGGAAGCCGCGCAACGGAUUAUACAUUUACAGGCCUCGGAUGAAAAUUACCAGGUGGCUUGGACCAUCCUGAAAGGAACGUAUGAAUUAAAACGGGUGUUGAGAAAAAAACACAUCGGUGCAAUAUUUGAGCUCAAAAAACCGGAAACGGCCAACCCAGCCACCCUUGGACACAUAUUGAACACAGUCAGACAGAAUUUGACAUCCCUCGAAACUCUCAGAAGCCAACCAGCUCAUGAUUGCUUUAUCUGGCAUCUCGAAAGAAUUUUACCCGAUUCCGUUUCAGAAAAAUGGCAGGAUACUCUCAAACCAGACGAUUCCCCCACUGUCGAGGAUAUGUUUAAAUUUUUGGAAGCAACAAUCUCGCGUAUGCACACUAAAUCCGCGUCCAACACAAAAAAUAGUAAUGCUAACAAACGUACCUUUACCGGUUUCCCAAAUCAAUCGAAGACUUUCAAAAACGCGGAUGGAGAUCGCGCGCUUGUCAUUGCUACAAAAUCCUGCGAUUAUUGUCGAGCUACUGAUCAUUAUUUGUACCAAUGUAGGGAAUUCGACAAGCUAACUAUCCCUAAACGAUGGGAGUUUGUAAAACAACGUAACCUCUGCAGAAAUUGUCUCGGAAAGAACCAUUCUCCAUGUACCUCCAGAUACCAUUGCAAACACUGUACGAAAUUCCAUCAUUCAAAAUUGCACUCCACAAAAUCCUCCCUUGGCGGCGAUCAUCAGAAAAGGAAGGAUCCGCCUAAGUGA